UCUCCGAGACGCUUCCUGUCCGUAACAUAGAAUCAGCAUGAUUCUUCAGAGACUCUUCAGGUUCUCCUCUGUCAUUCAGUCAGCAGUCUCGGUCCAUUUGCGGAGGAACAUUGGUGUUACAGCAGUGGCAUUUAAUAAGGAACUUGAUCCUAUACAGAAACUCUUUGUGGACAAGAUAAGAGAAUACAAAUCUAAGCGACAGGCAGCUGGAGGACCUGUUGAUACUGGUCCAGAGUAUCAGCAAGAUCUAGAGAGGGAGGUUUCUAAGCUCAAGCAAAUGUCAGGUAAAGGAGACAUGAAUACCUUCCCCACCUUCAAAUUUGAAGAUCCCAAAUUUGAAGUCUUUGAUAAACCCCCGGCCUGAAGAAGUAAAGUAAAAUUAAUCUGGUAAUUUGUCAUGGGUUAGUUAUACAACUAGUUAGAAGUUUCAGAAUAAACAUACAUUUCAUGACUGU